UUACCAUACAUCCGUCAGCCCUCAAUUCAGCGAGACAUUUUGUUCUUCUUAUGUUAAUAAUUUUUACAGUGUUAUAUCUGGUAUUUCAAAAAGAACAGAAAUAAAAUAUACAUAAUGAACAAUAAAUUUCUGUUGGCGGCGGUGGCGCUUGUUGUGCUUACAUUUACCCUCGAAGUCGCCGGAAAAAGAGGAAAAUAUGGACUUGUGAAUUGUAAAAAAUCGUGCGUGAAGAGGAACUGCACCACGUCUAGCAAACCAGCAUGCAAAUUUGAGUGUUUACGUGAUUGUGCCAGCAAGGCGUUAGUAGACCACACUGAAGACGAGGGGAGAAUUUGGGUUGGCGAAGAGGGUUCUAAGCAUAUGUGUAAACGUACAUGCAAGAAACAAUGCGCGAAAAAACCACCAAUGUGCAAGCACCGAUGUAUGGCAAACUGCACCCACCACCGGCACGGCAACAGUUCGGUGAUCGCACCAGUCAAUCGAAGGAAGUUGGACAACAAAAUGAAUAAAAUGAAAGGAGGACUGAGAGUCCCAUUCUUUUGCGUCAGAGAGUGCAAGCCUAACUGUAAUGAAACUAUUCAGUGCACAGGAAACUGCCUAAAGCGAUGUGAUCACGACGGUGCAGCGAGAAUUCACAAGUGUAAAAAGCGCUGUAAAUCUGGAUUAGAAUGCUCGUUUCCCGCCUGCACCGAAUGCAAAGUAGCAUGUCUCAACAAGGUUAGCGAAUGUUGGAGAGCAAGAUGCGACCAUCUUUGUCAUCCUGACAUGGAGAUUGACGUGAAUAUUGAAGAUGCAGAUUUGCCUGUGAAACGCAAAGCAAAUAAACAUCGUUACAAACCAGCAAAAGCUUGCAAGGUCUGUCGUGCUGAAUGCGAUAGAGAUGGAGGAAUUGAGGUCGAUUCAUCGAAAGAAAUCGACCAUUGAAAUAUUGAACACUUCCAACGAAAUGUAUAGUUUUUGUUUCUGGAAAAAAAUUGUUCAAAAAUAUUGUGAUUCAUAUAAUUGAUAAAAUAUACCUUAUCAGUUGAGCGCUCCAUUAUUGAAUUUUUUUUCUGUUUAUAUAACCCACCACUGGAAUAUACUCUUAAUGUAGCUUAUCGAUUCUUUUUAAAAAAUGUGACACGUUUAUAAUCUAAUUCAUUUAUGAUCGGAUAAACGGAUUAGGUUUUAUUUUAUGUAAGAUUAUCAACUUGAUGUUAAAGUUACCCAUUUUCAUUUUUUUGAAAACACUAUGUUUUCAAGGUCUACUCCACGCAUACAGUAUAAUUUCGUGAACAACUUAUUGUAUAUUAAAUAAUUCUUCAUUACAAUAUCUUUUAUGAUUUUUUCGAAUAAAAAUUGAUACUAAUUGUUGAAAUGUAACACAAAAAUGUAAGUACUUCUACAAUUUUUUAGGCCAGCGCCAGGAAUAAUUGGGCAUUACAUUAGAUUUUUCUGCAUAUGAUAUUAAGCAAGAUUUAAAUUCAAGAGUCUAUGAUUGAUGAUGGAUCAUAUAAUUACGCCAUAAAGCAUAUAUCAAGAAGAUAUAAUUUGUCAUCCACUCAUCCAAAUAAAUAUCUAGACAUGAAAUCAACAUUAUAUAUCACCGACUCAUAGAUGUCAAAAUAA